AUGGAGACCACCCACCAAAAUACAACUGAUUUUGUCUUCUUGGGCCUCAUAACCAAUCCAUCAUUUCCUGGUCUUAUAUUUGCUGUGGUGUUUUCCAUCUAUUUGGUGGCUGUGACUGCCAAUGUCAUCAUGAUUCUGCUCAUCCACCUGGACUCUCGCCUCCACACACCCAUGUACUUCUUGCUUGGCCAGCUCUCUGUUAUGGACACAGUCUACAUCUGCAUCACUGUCCCCAAGAUGCUGCAUGACCUACUGUCCAAGGAAAAGAGUAUCUCAUUUCUGGGUUGUGCCCUUCAGAUCUUCUUCUACCUGACCCUAAUUGGAGGAGAAUUUUUCCUACUGGGUCUUAUGGCUUAUGAUAGGUAUGUAGCAGUGUGUAACCCUCUUCGGUACCCCCUUCUCAUGAACCGCAGAAUUUGCUUGUUUAUGGUGAUAGGCUCUUGGAUUGGUGGCUCCUUAGAUGGAUUCAUGCUGACUCCUGUCACCAUGAGUUUCCCCUACUGUGGGUCCCGGAAGAUUAAUCACUUUUUCUGUGAGAUCCCAGCAGUGCUGAAGUUGUCAUGUGUGGACACAUCACUCUAUGAGACCUUGAUGUAUGCCUGUUGUGUGCUGAUGCUGCUCAUUCCUAUAGCCAUCAUCUCUGUCUCCUACACACAAAUUCUACUCACUGUUCAUAGGAUGAACUCAGCUGAGGGUCAGCGCAAAGCUUUUGCUACCUGUUCUUCUCAUAUCAUGGUGGUAUGUAUCUUCUAUGGGGCAGCCUUCUACACUAAUGUGUUGCCCCGUUCUUAUCACACGCCAGAGAAAGACAAGGUUGUGUCUGCCUUCUACACUAUCCUCACACCCAUGCUCAACCCUCUUAUCUACAGCUUAAGGAACAAAGAUGUGGCUGUAGCUCUGAGGAAAUUACUAGGCAUGUCUAUC